AUGUGUGUAUACACAUUCCCCCUUUGAUACUAUAAGCUUAAAAUUCCUUGAUAUAUUAUUUUUUAUUAAUUUAGAAGUGUACUAAUCUUGGGAAGUGGUUUUCUUCUUUCCAGAAUGUUGGCUGUGCCAGUGUGUAUUGACAUUUUAAUCAUCCACUUUCCUUUUGUCUAGCCUUUCUGCAUUUCAUCCAACCACUCUUAGGUUCCUCCUUCAUCAUUACAACAGGGAUUCACAAACUAGUCACCCAGAUGAUCCUUUCCUGAAAUAAGGUACAAUAUUCACAGCAGUUUGAGUUCUUACACCACAGGGAAUUUGGAAAACAUGUCACGGGUUCCACCAUCACUGAGUAUGUACAUAUUUUGUUGUGCAUUGUUUCUGGGAGUUUCUCCCGGCAUCAGAUGUCAUCUCACUACCCUUUACAGACUCAAUCAACCUUGCCAGCCACCAGGAUGCACGCAAAUAAAGCCGUGUUGAAGAAUGAAUUCUCCUUGGGCUUUUAGUUUCUGUUCCCCUACAGAGAGGUCAUAGACACCUAGAGCAUAAAGCAGUCUGAGUGGCGCUGACAGCCCCAAGAUUGCAGUGGGUUGGGGCACUGCAAAAGCUUCAUGCCUUCUUUCCCAUCACGCAGGACUUCACCUCGAGCCCUUACGCCGCUUAAUUUAAUCGCAAGACCCAAAGUCAUAGGGCGAGUCCAGUCCUAGGGAGCCUGGCUCGGGCUUUGCCGGAGCCUUGGAGAAGCUGGUAGGCGGCGGGCUGCGCUCCAGUGGCCCAGCCGAGGCCCGGGGCACGCCCGCGGCGCGCCCGGGGUGCGGGAGGCAGGCGUGCUCCCACGCCCGCAGCCGCCUCUUCCUCACGCCCCUCUCGCCGCGCUCGCCCCGCUUCCGCGAGUAAACCACCCGCGAGGCUCCGCCGCCCGCGCCGGGCGCGCAGCUUUCGCCAAUCCUCGCUUACAUAACGCGGGCGGGCGCGCUCCCGCCGCCGCCACCCGGAGCGGAGUUGGGCUGCGCUCUCCACGCCUUGGCGCUCCCGUGUGCCCCACUCUGGGAGGUGACCCGCCUCAGCCAGGCGGCAGUGGUAGCCGGGACGUCUCUCCUCCGCCGGCGUGAGGACGCGGGGACUGGAGACGGGAGCGCCUCACUGCGCCGAACUCCCUCCCUCCGCUCUCUCCUCCUCCCACGUCUCGCUUUCUCCCCGUCACCCCCACCCCCAGCCUGCGUGCGUUCGGCCCCGGCUCUGGGACCCGGAGCAGUCCAGGCUCUGCGCGCGGCGGAGCUGCGGCUGCUCCUGCUGCUGCGGCGAGCGGCGCGGUAGCCGCCCAGCGCCUCCCCGGACUUCCUAAGUGGGGGCAGAGCCGCCGCUCCCGAGCCACCAGUUAGAAGGCACAGGGAAAGGGACCUACAAACUCCUCCUCAGCGUUUCCUCUCCACCCCCUUUUGGCUCUGCCCUUGGAGAAAGUGGAGUGUGGCGUCUGGUUACCAUUAUUUCUUUGCACUGAUCCGAGGUGCCCGGAUUCAACUGCUUCCCUGUGGAGCUUAACGCUGUUUGCGCGCCUCUGUGUGCGGUUCCGCCCGGCACACCUCUGCCGACGAUGAGGAACGGGCUACGGGCGACGGCGGCCCGCUGCGGACUGGGACUGGGAUACGUGCUGCAGACGCUGGUGCUGCCCGCCCUGGCUCUCCUCAGCGCCAGCGGCACCGGCUCGGCCGCUCAAGACGACGACUUUUUCCAUGAACUCCCAGAAACAUUUCCAUCUGAUCCACCUGAGCCUCUGCCACAUUUCCUUAUUGAGCCUGAAGAAGCUUAUAUUGUGAAGAAUAAGCCUGUGAACCUAUAUUGUAAGGCCAGCCCUGCCACCCAGAUCUAUUUCAAGUGCAACAGUGAAUGGGUUCAUCAGAAGGACCACAUCGUGGAUGAGAGAGUAGAUGAAACCUCUGGUCUUAUUGUCCGGGAAGUAAGCAUUGAAAUUUCACGCCAACAAGUGGAAGAACUCUUUGGGCCUGAAGAUUACUGGUGCCAGUGUGUGGCCUGGAGCUCAGCAGGCACCACAAAGAGCAGGAAGGCCUAUGUGCGCAUUGCAUAUCUACGGAAGACGUUUGAGCAGGAGCCCCUGGGAAAGGAAGUAUCCUUGGAACAGGAAGUCUUGCUCCAGUGUCGACCUCCUGAAGGAAUCCCAGUGGCUGAAGUGGAAUGGUUGAAAAAUGAAGAUAUAAUUGACCCUGUGGAAGAUCGGAAUUUUUAUAUUACUAUUGAUCACAACCUCAUCAUAAAGCAGGCCCGCCUCUCAGAUACCGCAAAUUAUACUUGUGUGGCCAAAAACAUCGUGGCCAAGCGGAAAAGCACAACCGCCACUGUCAUCGUCUAUGUGAAUGGUGGCUGGUCCACCUGGACAGAGUGGUCUGUAUGUAACAGCCGCUGUGGACGGGGGUAUCAGAAGCGCACAAGGACCUGCACCAACCCAGCACCGCUCAAUGGCGGUGCCUUCUGUGAAGGGCAGAGUGUGCAGAAAAUAGCCUGCACCACAUUAUGCCCAGUGGAUGGCAGGUGGACCUCAUGGAGCAAGUGGUCUACUUGUGGGACUGAGUGCACACACUGGCGCAGGAGGGAGUGCACCGCUCCAGCCCCCAAGAACGGGGGCAAGGACUGUGAUGGCCUCGUCUUGCAAUCCAAGAACUGCACUGAUGGGCUCUGCAUGCAGAGUUUCAUUUAUCCUAUUUCAACUGAACAGAGAACCCAGAAUGAAUAUGGAUUUUCUUCGGCUCCCGAUUCAGACGAUGUUGCUCUCUAUGUUGGCAUUGUGAUAGCAGUGAUAGUUUGCCUGGCCAUUUCUGUGGUUGUGGCCCUAUUUGUGUAUCGGAAGAAUCAUCGUGACUUUGAGUCUGAUAUUAUAGACUCCUCUGCACUCAAUGGCGGCUUUCAGCCUGUGAAUAUCAAGGCAGCAAGACAAGAUCUCCUGGUGGUACCCCCAGACCUCACAUCAGCGGCAGCCAUGUACAGAGGACCUGUGUAUGCCUUGCAUGAUGUCUCAGACAAAAUCCCAAUGACCAAUUCUCCAAUUCUGGAUCCACUGCCCAACCUGAAAAUCAAAGUAUACAGCACUUCAGGUGCUGUCACCCCCCAAGAUGACCUCUCUGAAUUUGCUUCAAAGCUUUCCCCUCAGAUGACCCAAUCCCUGUUGGAGAAUGAAGCCCUCAACCUGAAGAAUCAGAGUCUAGCAAGGCAGACUGAUCCAUCCUGUACUGCAUUUGGCACCUUCAACUCCCUUGGGGGGCACCUUAUUGUUCCCAAUUCAGGAGUAAGCUUGCUGAUUCCCGCUGGGGCCAUUCCCCAAGGGAGAGUCUACGAAAUGUAUGUGACUGUACACAGGAAAGAAAAUAUGAGGCCACCCGUGGAGGACACGCAGACCCUCUUGAGCCCCGUGGUGAGCUGUGGGCCUCCGGGAGCCCUGCUGACCCGCCCCGUCAUCCUCACUGUGCAUCACUGUGCGGAUCCCAGCACUGAGGACUGGAAGAUACAGCUCAAGAACCAGGCAGCCCAGGGACAGUGGGAGGACGUGGUGGUCGUAGGCGAGGAGAACUUCACUACCCCCUGCUACAUUCAGCUGGACGCAGAGGCCGGCCACCUCCUCACAGAGAACCUCAGUACCUACGCCCUGGUCGGGCGGUCCACCACCAAAGCGGCCGCCAAGCGCCUGAAGCUGGCCAUCUUCGGGCCCCUCUGCUGCUCUUCUCUGGAGUACAGCCUUCGAGUCUACUGUCUGGAUGACACCCAGGAUGCCCUGAAGGAAGUUUUGCAGCUUGAGAGACAGAUGGGAGGACAGCUUCUCGACGAACCGAAGGCUCUUCAUUUUAAAGGCAGCACCCACAACCUGCGCCUCUCGAUUCACGAUAUCGCCCAUUCCCUCUGGAAGAGCAAAUUGCUGGCUAAAUAUCAGGAAAUUCCUUUUUACCAUGUCUGGAGUGGGUCUCAAAGAAACCUCCACUGCACGUUCACUCUGGAAAGAUUCAGCCUAAACACAGUGGAGCUGGUUUGCAAACUCUGUGUGCGACAAGUGGAAGGAGAAGGGCAGAUCUUCCAGCUAAACUGCACCGUAUCCGAGGAACCUACUGGUAUCGAUUUGCCUCUGCUGGACCCAGCGAGCACCAUCACCACCAUGACAGGACCCAGCGCAUUCAGCAUCCCUCCGCCUAUCCGGCAGAAGCUGUGUAGCAGCCUAGACGCCCCACAGACAAGAGGUCAUGACUGGAGGAUGCUGGCCCAUAAGCUAAACCUGGACAGGUACUUGAAUUACUUUGCCACCAAAUCGAGCCCAACUGGCGUAAUCCUGGAUCUUUGGGAAGCACAGAACUUCCCAGAUGGAAACCUGAGCAUGCUAGCAGCUGUCCUGGAAGAAAUGGGAAGACAUGAAACAGUAGUGUCUUUAUCAGCAGAAGGGCAGUAUUGACCCAUGCGGGGACUGAAAAUGAAGGAGGAGAUGCACAGGGGGGGCUGUGGCCAUACAAGGGAUCAUGGCUGCGAAGGAAAUCCAGACCAGACCAAUGAGCUUCACAGGCGAGGUGGCAGUGGGAGGGAGCAGACAGACAGAUACAGCUACCAAUACACAUGCCCACCAACUCGGACUUCAUCACAGGAGUUAAGAGCAAUUGUGUAAAUGUGUACCUUGGAUUUAGAAAUCAACCUAAUUUUCCUCUUAGUUGGGCUGUAUACGGUGUGGUACAGGAUCUUAACAGUUUCCUAGGAAACGCUUUUUAUUGCUAUCCAGAUUAUGGAUAAACUUUCUUAACAAACCCAAUUUCUACAAAUGUUGUUUACAUCAAAUUGGACAGGGAUGCAGACACUGUCCAUGGCUCGUUCUAUUUUUGUUUAAAUCAUUUGAAGUUGAAGCUGUGGAUGGUUUGUUGUGUCUAUUUCAGAUUAGUAAUUUACAGAGAAAUCACAGACUUUUCCUACAAGUCAUGUGCACCAAGUGUCUCAGAUAAUCCUCCCGUCAGUGUUCUGUUUCGAGAGCUUAUAGAACCAGUGCUAGUGUUUGUAUCAGGGAAGUGGAGGAUCGAAGUGUAAACAAAAGAUGACCACGACUCCAUGUCCCUUGCAGACACCUGUCCAGGGCCCUCCAUGCAUAAAGCUGUAGCCUUGCAGGCACGAUAGUGGUUCGUGUUCAACCACACAGAUUAGCAUUUCUUCACAACAUGUGUGUUUGUAAUAUGCAGUUUGAAGUGAUUUUUUUAAAGGUAUCAUUAUUAUCAUUGUUAUUAUCAAUAAGUAUUUACAAGUAUUCUAGUAAAAGGAUUUCCUUUCAACUCCUGUUUGGUUAGCAGCACUGCUAGUCCUUAGGUAUUGACUAGACCUGCCUCACCUUCUCACUGAACCAGGCUUGUGGGGGAGGAGCUGGUUAGCCAGACAGGCGGUGCGUCUUGGCUUGUUUCUUUCUCCAUCACCUGUUCCAAACAAGUAGCCCAUGCUUACUGGCUUUACCGGCCUGCUCUUCCAGCUCGCUCGGCCAGGGUCUUCCUCCUUAGAGUCUUGGUAUGACUUGUGCAUGUGACUCCCCUCGGCACCACCCACCCUGGAGGCAGUGUCCUUGGAGGAAUGGCCUCUGAACGGGGAAUCAGAAAACCAGUUUGCAUUCCGGGCUUGUCACUGUCCAGCUGGGCUACCUGGGCAAAGUCAUUUAACCUCCCUGGAACCUAAGUUUCCUCACAUGUCAAGAGAAGGGGUGGGAUUAGCUCAUCCAAGGUUCCGACCUGCUGGACCCCCCACUGUGAUGCCUCCAGCCUCACCCAGUGGUCUGAAGACCACAGUGGACCCUGACCUGGAUCAUUUAAAGAGUCAGCUGGUCUUCUGCCCGGGUGACUUCUGCCUUUCACAUAGCUCUGGCUUGGAAGGUGAUUAUUCUAACCUGUGACAUAUUUGUUAUACAUUCAAGUCUUGUCUUUGUGCCACUGCAUUAUGCUGUUCACUGAGAGAUGGCAUCCCUUUAUUGUCAUUUUCUUUCCUCUCCUGGGGCCACUUGCCCCCUGACUAGCUACAAAUUAUGUUCUAUUAUUGUCUUGGUCAAAAACUUUUAAAUUAAAAAAAUGUAACUGGAAAAUAGUCAACAGACUACUUUGUGUAAACUGUAUGUGCUUAGGACCAUGACAGGCUCUUUUACAUAGGGACUCAAUUCAUUCAGCAGGUGGGGAAUAAAGAGUUCACAGCCCAGGAGCCAAACCAAGAGGAACAAUAAGCACCUAUGUGUUUGAAUCAGAACCUAUGAAAACAUGGCUGGGGUUCACUUUGGGGCUGGAAGUAUCCAAGUUACUGCCUGGAUCUGAAUUAGACAUCAUUUUAUAUAUUUCCUCUCUUGACUAUUUUGGGGACUUCCUGAUAUUCCCAAGCUUCUCCAUCCUCACCUUUGAGGAACUAUAUUGAUUCCUUGAUAUGCGGCAUUUUUCUUUCUUGUCUUUUUUUUCUUCUGUUUUAGGUAUAUAGUCUAUAAUCUCUCUCUGUCAGGCCACCCCUUGCACCAUAUAUACAAAUGUGUUACACUUACAAUGAAAGGGAGAGAUGGCAGUAAUGAGCAAGUUUAGUGGAUGUUCAUACUAGUGAAUAUUUGUCCAAAAGAUACCAAACUGUACUCUGUGUAAAGGUUUUUUAAACAGAUAUUUUUUAAAAGGAGGAGGAGGAAAGAGAGCUAUUGUUCCAUGGCUGCAUCUUGAAAUAACUUCUCAAGAUAGCUCUUCGUUACUGUUGGUCGGGGGCUAUCUGUGGAAAUCAAGAUUUAGGAAUCCAAAGGAUGCUCAAAGGAACUUCCAUCUCUAGUGAAAAGUAGAGAGGAGCAACUACGUAGCCAUCCAGAUAAAUCCAUUCCAAAACUUUUACCAGAAACACUCAUCAAAAAGUCAUCAACAUACAAAUAUUGAAGGUAGUAAGAGCUCUGUUAUCAAAGCCACUGAAGGCCUUUGGUGCUCACUUCAGAUACUUCUUGUUUCUUGGUACAACAUCCCAGCACCAGAAAAGGGAAGAGAAGUUGAUUCCUGAUAAGUGAGGCACUCAUCUGUUGUAGAGCCUGCUAUGUUCCGUAUCAAGUGAACUGCAAGUUCCACCAUUUAUGUCAAAUAAUUUUCACUACAAAUUCUGAUUUCCUUCCCUGUUGAAGUAAAGUAAUAGCUGUUAGAUUGCUUUCAAACUUAGAAGUCCAGACUCAACAGUUCAUUUCAUAGACAGCCGCUUUAUCAUUCCAUGUGACAUGUCCCACCUUUCAUUCCUAGGACUUCUGUGUAACUUGUGAGGCGAGAUAGGGCUUGCUUCAUUUGGAUGAGAAAAAUCUAUCAGUUGUGCAUGGUGCCAUCUAGUGGAUUAUUACACAAGUUACCCAGUUUAUAAAACUUCAUUAAAAGUUGUUUGGUAAAGGGAACAGGGUAUGAAUAGCUAUAGUGCCAUCAGGACCUUCACCACGAGUAGACCUGGGAAUUUUUCAUCUCAAAUAUAUAGUUCUUCUUCUCUCAUUUUUUUCACUUAAAUUACUCAUAUUAAAAUUACAUGUCAUUAAGUAUGUCAUCAACUCAAUCAUGCAUGACCUGUCUCAACUUGAUUCUUGGUGAUAGAAAUAAUAGAAGUUCAUAAGUAUCUGUAUAAAAAAACAUUUUGGAGAAGUUGUCACUUUUAACAUUUAUGUUUUGGUUGGGCUUUCUACAUUUCGUAUCUCCUUUUAGUUCUAUAAUAUUUGAUUUUGGAAAUAUAAGUAGCUUCCACUUCCAAAUAAAUUUCAUACAUGCAGGUGAAAGUCUGUCUAAGAAAGUGAAAAUUGUGUUAAUCCAAGAGAAGCAGCUUCCUUUCUUCUGAAUCUGGGAUCUAAACGCAAAGGUUUCAUCCUGUUUUAAUUUUCUUCUCACCACACUCAUUCAGAUUUCCUCACAGUGAUGUGGAUGGACUAGAGGUUGGAUUCAGAGCUGGUUACACACUGGGUGAUGACCCAUGUGUAACAACGAGGUGCUCAGGGUGAGCAGUCUGUGUGCAACAGUGCGUGUGCCAAUGCAGGUCCCGCCUCAGUCCCACAAAACGCUCCCCAGCCUCGCGUGAGCAGCAGCAGCAGCUCUGCCAAGGCAGAGUGGUGCCCGGGGUGAGGUGUUCAAUAUUAGGCUGCAUGACCAUUUGCCAUUUUCAUGCAUACAAUUAUUUUAUAGAUCUUAAUCUCUUCACUUUCAAAUAGUGGAGCCAUUCAGUAGGAAGAAGUCAUGGAGGAUGAGUUCAGGCCACUCUGGAAAUCACACAUUCAGUAAUAUUUUUAAAGAUAACUUGUAAAACAGUAAGAUAUCUUAAAAGUAAGCAUUCAGAUGGUGAAAACAAUAUUAUUUUACUUCUUCUGGAGAGGAGCGAGCAUAGCUCUUAUGCACCCUCACUUGUUUCUCUGCUGGGGACACAGCCACUGAUCAUGAUCCACUUACUGCCGUGUCAUCAGAGUGUGAGGCAGGCAGCUUUUCAGCUGACCGUUGUCUCCCCAGGAUUCCCAAGCCUUUGCCACUUUAAGGUCUGCCCCCCAGGGAGUCAAGCAAGUGAAAACUAUUUAAGGCCCCACAGGAGAGGGUAAAGACAAGUAGAAAAAGUUCACAUGUUGCAUUUUCAGUCUUCACUUUGAAUGUGAACUUCACCUUUUGCUGAACAGUUGCUCUGGACAAGCUCAGUUUCACACAGAGGCCUCAGGACAAGUCCAAGGUUAGUGAGAGCAAGAAGGACCAUGGGAACACCUGGAAUGAAUUGAGUUCUAUCCAUCUUCUUUCAAAACAGGAGCUUUUGUGAAUCAGUGUCAUUGCUCAAAGCCAGUUGUUUGUAAAGAUGCUAAUGAUCAAUGAGCAGCAGAUUUUGUAGAUCCAAUGAGGAAAAAUAUUUUUAUUAUUAUCUCAAGGUAAUAAAAUAUUUUUACCUUUUGAGUGCCUCAUGGGACCAACUAUUUCACUUUGUCUUUUUUUUGUUUUUGUAUUUUUUUAUGAACUUUGCCUCUGUGUGAUGAAAUGUUGUUUCUCUGCCCUGAGAAAUCUGUUUGUAUAUCUCUGGCUAUGAUCACUUUGAAAGAUCUCUCUUGCAUCUCUAAUGAUUUUUUUCAAUGGACGAAGGCAUAAGGGGAAUAAAUACAUUGUACCCGUUGUCAGUGAAAGCCUGUGUCCCUACAGGUGAAGUAAGCCAAAUGGAGUCAUAAAUAUUUCCAGAAUUCCUGCCUAAAACUUGCUAUUUAUGAAAGUAGGGAGUAUAUACAGACUAACGAUUAACUUCCUGAUCCUUUUAGUGUUAUCGGCCUUGUGGCUGCCUGCAUUUUCAGAAAUCCUACUUUUAAAAUCUUUCUUCAGAAGGGUCCCAGCUCCCAGGUUUUCCAGUGGGCCUGUUACCUCCCUGUAUCGAUCUGUGCUGGGAUACUAACGGGCUCACUCAGCCAAAUGGAGCACAUGCCGCUAGGCCUCUCAGCAACCCCAGAUCCACCAGCAGGAACUCCCCAGUGUGCAAGCACACAACCCAGCAGUUAUCAGGGGCUACUUCCCAGCCUGCUUACACAUAGACUUGUGGGUAUUGAAGAAAUCUGUCCAGAGAGCAUCUGGGAUCCUAAGUCAGGAAUCCCUGGGGAAUUGUCACAAGCGCUGUGGCCUCCCAGUUGUUGGGUAGUGAACAAGGAAGCUGCCCUGAGACAGUCAGCUGCCCACAGCCAAAGCACCUGCUACUGUACAUCAGUCCUGUACCAUGCCAUUUCAGAUUUGUGCCUUCGCAAAAUUGCAAAUUGCUGAAGGCCAUAACACUUCAGGGUCCCUUACAAAUAUGCUGAAUCCUUGUGUCAUCCUUCAAUUCCAAAGGUCCCCUAGGAUGGGCACUAUCAGGAGAGCUGCUGCAGAACCUGAUGGCACUGACCCAGUGGUAGGGUGGGGGGCAGGCAGACCUCAUUUCCUCAGUUCAGAAUGUGAAUCGCACACAGGUUUCGCUGAUAAACAGCCUUAAGUUCAUGAGCCUUCAGCACUAUGUUGACAACAUCCAAGAAUCAUGACCUGAUCUAUGUUCUAGAUGUUCAGACAAACCUGUUUGCUUUAGAACACCAUAAAAGAACAAAAAAUCUAUAGCCAGUGGAAAAUGCCUUUGCCCUUUUAAAUUCUUAAAGUCCCUCAUGGCAUCUGUAAAUGUAGGGUACAGAUUCAAAUGUACACUCCUCCAGGCCUUGAAAAGAAAGAGAACAGCAAUCAGAAGAAGCUGAAUGUAUGAUUUGCAUUCUCCCUUCCCUUUCCUAGAACUACUGCUGGUAGUGAAGCCCUCACCCUCUAGACAGAAUGCAUUUAGCCCAGUUGCAGGGAACACUAUCGCCCUGUGUGUGUUGGGUAUAGCAGUACUGUACAUGUUCACUGAGUCUAAUGUUGAGCUCUAGCAAGCUGGUGGCCUUCAUCUUUCCUCUAAAGAAGACAACCAAUGUUUGUCAAAGAAAAAACCCCCAGCAGCCAGUGUGGAAGCGCCUGUCAUCCACUUGCUGUUCCCAUUGGAACAGUUCAACUGCAGAAAUGUCCAGAUGAGAUUUUGUGCUUUGUCAUUGUUCUUUUUUUAAACACAACCACACAAACUUGGCUUUUCAGAUAUGGAACACUUCAGUUGUUGUAGUGGAGUCUCCCUCUUGCUGUAUCUUCUAUGCAAUUCCUUUUCUAGAAAACCCCUGGCGGAGGAGCGCUCUCUGGGCAGCCAUCCACCACGUUGCUAUGCGGUAAAGGUGAGGGGGCCAGCUCUGGAUGUGCCUCUCCUCUCUCCCUGCUGCCUCUGCCCAUUUUUCCUGCAGUCCCAUGGUUUGUAAAUUGCCUGCAUUUAUUCUGUCAGCCAACAUGUACAAAAUGUAAGAAAGAAUUUUUAAACACAUAAUAAAUUAUAUUUAUAAGC